AUGAUCGAAACACUGUAUAAUAUACCCUUCCACAUACUGGUACCGCCCAACAUCAAAGUGCGCAAAUUCAGCAUUCCAAUGCCAUCUCCCAUGGCCGUUUUCAGUGUGAUUUUGCUCUCCUAUUUUCUGGUGACUGGAGGCAUUAUCUACGAUGUGAUUGUGGAGCCACCAAGUGUGGGUGCCACUGUGGACGAGCAUGGACACUCCCGUCCCGUGGCCUUUAUGCCAUAUCGCGUGAAUGGACAGUACAUCAUGGAAGGUCUGGCCAGCAGUUUCCUCUUCACCAUCGGUGGCCUGGGCUUCAUCAUUAUGGACCAAACCCAUUCGCCAGGGAAAACGAAUCUAAAUCGCCUGCUGCUAACCGCCAUGGGAUUCAUUUUUAUCCUGGUUUCCUUCUUCACCACCUGGCUGUUUAUGCGCAUGAAGCUGCCCAGCUAUCUGCAGCCAUAGGAAUCUCUUCUAGAAACGGAAUGUCUCUCUAAGUAUUCUCUGUUUUGUGUAUUUUGUCUACAGUUGAAAGUCUCUACCUCGAAUUUCUUUUAUAAAACAUUCCAGUUUUGAAGAGAUUUCGAUAUUGAUCAAAUAUUUAAGUUUAAAGUAUAUUUCGAGAGUUAUAUUUCCAAAUCCCUCGAAUGAAUAAAAUAUCUAUUAGAUUGUAUAACUUCUUGUCAUAAUAGUAGACAUUUCUGUGUUUAAAGAAAACUUAAGAAAGCAAACACAUUAAAACAGCUUGUAUUCAUAAGCACACUUUCAUUAUUAA